AUGUCGGAUAAAUUAUACAGGUGGCUGAACCAGAGCCUCCGGCUUUCGAAAACUGUCAAUGCAGAGAGCGUUGCCAAGAAUUUCUCUAGUGGUUACCUCAUUGGAGAAAUUCUUCAUAGAUAUCAGCUGCAAGAUGAUUUCUUUUCAUUUAUGAAGAAAGAUACCGCCAUCUCCAAAGUGAACAACUUAAGACGCCUUGAACCUUCUCUAAAGCUACUGGGGAUUUCAUUUGACAUGAAAACAGCCCAAGACCUGAUGGAGGAGAAGGAAGGUGUUGCCAUGCACCUCCUUCACCAACUCUAUGACCUGCUUGAAAAGAAGAAAAAUGCAGAAAUUAGCAGGACAAUGAUGGAAAUCAAGCAGCCCCAAGAAGAAACAUGCCUGCACAAGAAGGAGCAUGAGAUCGACUCUUAUGAGGACGCCCUGCAAAAUGAACUGUUGGUGAAGCGUCUGACAGAAAAGACAAAGGAAGAGCGGCGUGUGGCUGCUCAGGUACUCCAGAACCGUAAGGAAAAAGAGGUGAUCAGGGAAAACCGCCGGUACAGAGCGCAGCAGUACCAGGAGCGAAGAGAGAGGGAAUUCCAAGAAGCUCUGCACAGGGAAUCGGUUUUGGCUCAGGAGGGUAAGUUAGCCCGUGAAAAAGAGAUCAGAGAAGGGACUGAAUUCCAUAAGAAGAUUGCUGCUGAGAGAGCCCAAAGUGAAUUGAUAAAACACUUUGAGAGCUGUAAGGGCACUUUGGAACAGAUAGUGGACUUGGCAACAAAUGUUGGAGAAUAUCGCCUGCUCACCGGAAACCUGAUUCCAGGGAAGACGAUGAGAGACUGGAAGGAACUGCUGUUCAAAGGUCUGUCUCUGUAUGAGCCAACAAAAACCCAUGAGGAAAGCUCCAAGUCCUUCACUUCACAAGACCCCACAGAACUUCAGAAGCAGGAGAUGCUCAACAACCUGGACUAUGAUGAAUACACGAAAAUGGCAGGUCAGUGGGCAUGGCCAGAGGAGACAGGGGAAACAAGAUUACCUGUUGAAGUUGUGAAAUUACACAGUGUGAAAGCUGCUGACACUUCAGACACAACAACUCAACCACAACCCGUAGAGCCACUUCCAGUUCUUACCGAUGAAGAACAUGACCCUACAAAAUCAGACGCAAAUGCGCAGAAGGAAGAAGUCCAAACUGAGUCUAUACAUUGCAGAUCCAACACACACUCCCCAAAAGAACAUGCAUCACUUGUCUCUGAGUCCAAAGACGAUGUUCACGGAGUCCCCACGAACCAGCACGAGCUCGUCUCUUCAGGUGUAGCUCCAUCCAGUCAAGACAACGUGGAUGAUCCUCUGCCUCCAGAGAAACCACAGCACCAGUGCGCAUACUGGGAUACUGUAUUGGAUUCCUAUGUAAAUGAUAUAAAGGAAGUCUUGCAGCAGCUGCGCUCACAACGCAGUGCUAUUGAUCAUCAGCUUUUUGAAAUCAGAGAAGGAUACAAGCAAUAUUUGGCACGUCCAGACAUAAAGCAGGAGUUACUGUCUCAGUGGCAGGAGGGCUUCAAUAGCACACCUGAUGAUAGAGACUCUGAAGAGAUCAAGGCAGAGCUAUACCUGAAGCUGGAUGAAUUGCGUGAACAACUGUGGGACAUCACUGACGAACGUAGAGAGGAAAAUGAGCAGAAGAGGGCUGAGCUCCUGUGUAAUGACUGGUUGGAUGAGCACACCUUUCUCCUCAUCAACCACCACUCUAUAUUAACACAGGUAGAGCUGAGCCGUUUCGAGGAAACAUCUGCUAUUUUAAGAGUCUACUAUUUGGGCACGCAGAGACAAGUGCCACUUGAACCACUCCCCAAAUGUCCCCGUAUUCCCCUGCUGGAAACACCUGGAAUUGAAGCUCAGAGUGAGAGAUCUCACUCCUCAAAGAGCAGUAAGAAUGAAAAAAAUGAAGAACCUGAAAAACCAUCACACGAAAAACUCACCACUGACUGUGAGGCAGCACUUGAAGCCAUCAGCAAAUUGCUAAUUUCUCAGCAUGUUACACAAGUGUCAGCAGAAGCCCAUCAGCCAGAGAUAAAAGAGAAUGAGGAGAGUUUACAAGAGAAGGCAAAGCAAGAUGAUGACGAUGGCUCACUGAAGAUUAAGUGUCAGGAAGGUAGAGAGACAUUUUUUCAAGAAUAUUCAGCCGCACUGAGUAAUGAGGAGAAUAGAGCAACGGUGCACAUUGAGCUGGUGAAAAGGCAUGGCCUGGAGAUGGUACACUCUCUGCAAUGCAGAGCACAAGAGACCUCUGACAAAAUGGAAAACUGGUUACAAGCACAGUUUCUUGCAGAACUGAAGUGUAUUGACCAAUUAUCAGAAGUGGCUCGCCACCACAUAGAGGCUGGAGCUAUGUUGCAGUAUGAGCUGGUGUUGGAACGGUCUGACAUCUGUAUAAAUGGAGACCAUCUCUUGGUGGAAAGUCUGGCUCCUCCUCUCGGUCCAGCUCCUCUGGAGACACCAGUAGGGUCCACACCAACUAUGGUUCAGCUGGAAUCACUCCGCCAUAGGCUGUGGAGCGUUGCUCCAUCAGGUGUCAUGUCCAGCUCUGCAUUCUUCAGUUUGCUCAAAGAGUUGGUCUCUGUUGACACGGGUAGAAACACUGUGCCAAAACCCUGGAUGGGCAACACUGAAGCAAAGUGGGCGGAGAUUGUCCCUCUGCUAAAGGUUGACUAUGAGCUGAUAGACUGGCAGCGGUUUCUACUCAGUGCUGCUCUCCCUUGGCCUUUUCCCUCACUAACACAGCUACUGGUUGUACUGGGACGUUUCAAGGUAGCAGAUGUUGCUGGUACAGGCUACAUAAAGGAAGAGCAGUACCUAAAGACAGAGUUGUGGUUUUCCAGUGAUACCACACAAACUGUUCCUGAGGAGCCUUUGCCUUUUGACCGUCUGGCUAACCUUCGCAAGUUCUUUUUCCAGCUGUUUGCAGACCACUCAUUCUCUCCUCCUCAACUGGAUUAUGUGUUGAUGCUCCAGUACUUUGCAGCUGACCCUGACCCCGGGCAUGGUUUUAUCAGAGCACUUAGUGUGGUGCUGGGGCAAGAUCUCAGGCAGCCUUCAAUGGACCACGCUGUUAAGUCUCUGCCCAGCAUAGAAGAAGCCACAGAACUGGUCUCCUCGGAAAUUAACAGCGCCUACAAGGAAGAUGAGACUCCUGACCCAUCAAGCAGUCAUUUGAGAGAGCAGGAAGUGCCAAUUUCUUCUCUCCUUAAUGUCUUCUGCCACAAAGCUGUAAUGAUGAAAGGCAAACACCUCCUUCCUCCAGGCUGCUUGAGUAAGGAGAAGCACACAGAGAACCUGGCACGAGUAUACGGAGAACUUGGAUACGACCCUGAAGACUGUGUUCCGUUCUCUCUUCUUUCUAAGCAUCCAUAUACCAAGUUUCUGAUGGAGAACUCAACGCACUACCAGCUCGUUAAUAUUCACCAAAUGCUCCAGGGUGAUUAGGAUGAAGGACGGCC